CAGAAGAAAAGGGUUGUGUUCUACUCUUUUCUUUCUUUUAUUCUUCCUGCUGUUUUAUUCUUGUAAAGAGAGACUGGUGAAGAAGAAGAUGGUGAAGUUUGAAUGGAACCCAUUUUCAGUUUUUAAACAAAAUCAUGUUGUUGUGAAGUUUGUUACCAUUUCGCUUCUUUAUCUAUCAGUUGUUGCUUUUCAUUCGUUAUACUCUUAUUAUUUUCAAGUUAUUCCUUUUCUUGAAGCUCCUGUGAAUAAUGGUGCUGAGAUUCAAGCGCAGAACCCUCAACAUCAGGUUCCUCCAAAAGGUAACCAUCUUAGUAGAGCUCAGUACUUUUAUGGCCUAAUGGGGUUUUGUUUUGGCUUUACGCUUACUUGAUGUCUGCACCAUUUUGAAGGUCAUUUAAAUGAGAUCUACAAUUUCAGUUGAUUAAGAUAAUGGUAAGUUUUUCUAAUUCAGGAAACUGAUUGCGGUUUCUUAUAGUUUAUGUGUACUAAUGCAACAUUCAGGAAACUGUGAUCUUUUUGUUGGAGAUUGGGUGCCAGAUCCAUUAGGUCCAGUUUACAGUAAUGAGAGCUGCCAUGUAAUUAUACCUGGUCAGAAUUGUAUGAAGAAUGGAAGGCCGGAUUCAGGGUACCUAUAUUAGAGAUGGAAGCCACGGGAUUGUGAGAUACCACGGUUUAAUGCGCAGAGAUUUUUUGAGAUGAUGCGGGAUAAAUCAUGGGGAUUCAUUGGUGAUUCAAUUUUUUUUGAGAUGAUGCGGGAUAAAUCAUGGGGAUUCAUUGGUGAUUCAAUUGCUCACAACCAUGUGCAAUCAUUGUUCUGCAUUCUCUCUGAGGUGGAAGCAGCAGAUGAAGUUUACCACGACGGGGAAGGCAGACCAAUAAGAUGGUACUUCCCCUCGUAUAACUUCACUCUCGCUGUUAUCUGGUCUCCUCUCCUUCUUAAAGCAGCUAUAUCCGAAGAUACGCACGGAGUAGCAAGCAUUGACAUGCAGUUACAUCUCGAUAAACUCGAUGAGCAGUGGAUACACGAGUAUCAGAAUUUCAACUAUGUUACAAUUUCUGGUGGGAAAUGGUUUCUCAAAACCGCGAUAUAUCAUUACAAUGAUACAAUCGUAGGUUGCCAUUACUGUUCAUCUCAUAGCAACUUGACAGAAUUCGGGUAUGACAAGGCUUACCGUCAAGCCGUUAAGCUGGUUUUUAACUUCAUCAUCAAGUCCCACCACAGUGCUGUAGUUUUCUUCAGGACAACAACUCCGUCUCACUUCGAGAAUGGAGAAUGGUUUAGUGGAGGGACUUGCAAUCGAACAAUGCCAUAUAAAGAAGGUGAGGUAAGGGUGGACAAUGUUGAUUCUGUAAUGCAUGACAUCGAGCUAGAGGAAUUCGACCGUGCAGUAACUAAUUCGGGAUUCAAAACACGAGUGAAACUGAAACUGUUGGAUACUAUGCAGCUUUCAUCACUCAGACCAGAUGGGCAUCCUGGUCCGUAUAUUCACUUCUACCCGUUCGCGAAAGAUGAUAAAGCCAUAGUUCAAAAUGAUUGCCUGCACUGGUGUUUGCCUGGACCGAUCGAUUCUUGGAACGAUUUAGUCAUGGAGAUGUUGACGCAUGUUGUAGUUGCAGGAAAUCCUACAACCACACCCUUGAUGAAAUCUUAAUAACAAUUUAAGUAAUCGUCUUAAAUUUCAUACAUUCAUUCAUAAAAUCUUUAAUAUGGUUA